AACACAUCCAAACCCGCCUUCCUUUCCCUGGUGACUCAUUACUGGGAUCAGCAGGAUUGAGGGCUCCCAAGAAGAAGGUGAAGAGUGCUGUGAGGGCCUUCUCCUUGAGUCCUGUAGGGCACAGUGAUCUCUCCUCAUAGCAUGGGUCUGCUGAGAAACCUCCUGCUGCCCAUGAUCGGGCUUCUUCUGGCAUACUACUUUUACUCAUCCCCGGAGUUCAAGCCAGAGAUGCUAAAGGGGAAGAGGGUGAUCAUCACCGGGGCCAGUACUGGCAUCGGGGAGCAGAUAGCCUAUCACCUGGCGAAGAUGGGAGCCCACGUGGUGAUCACUGCCCGGACAGAGGAAAAGCUAAAGAAGGUGGUGGACAAAUGCCUAAGCCUCGGAGCAGCUUCAGCUCACUUCAUCACCGGUUCCAUGGAGGACUUGGCCUUUGCGGAGAAGGUGGUCGCCCAGGCCGAGAAGCUGUUAACCAGCUCCUCUUCCCCAACCUUUCCAGAGGGACUAGAUAUGCUGAUUCUGAACCACAUCACCAACGGUGAAUUCAGCUACUUAAAAAAUGACUUGAAGAGAGUUCUCCAUGUCAUGAAGGUCAACUACCUGAGCUACGUGGCCAUGACCAUCAAGGCCGUGCCCCUUCUGCAGAAGAGCCAGGGUUCCAUUGUCGUCAUCUCUUCUUUGGCAGGAAAGGUGCCGAGUCCUCUGACUGUCAACUACUCUGGAAGUAAAUUUGCUCUGGAUGGAUUCUUCUCGAGUCUAAGAGAAGAAUUUAUCCUGCAGAAGAAGAACAUUUCCAUUACACUCUGUAUCCUUGGCUUCAUUAACACGGAAACCGCCAUGAAGGCCAUCUCUGGGAUACUGGAGAUAGAAGCAUCCCCCAAGGAGGACUGCGCUCUGGAGAUCAUCAAAGGUGGAGCUUUGCGCCAGAAUGAAAUCUACUAUCCUUUCCUCAGCACUAAGUUUGGUGCAUUUAUGAGGGUUCUGACCCCUAAUCUGAUCUCAAAAUACAUAAGGGAAAAUCUAAACCUAAAGAAUAUCAAGAAUCCCUAGAAUCUCACUGCACCUGGGACUUCCCUUAAGAAGAUGGCUGUCGAGUUUUCCCCUUCUUCCAAGGCGGCAAGGACAAGAAGAAAUGAUCUUAAUUUUCAACAAGGGAUAGUUGAGCUAAAUAUUAAGAAAAUCUUCCCGACUCCCGGGAAGGUGAAACAUUGGAUUAGGCUAGCGAGGGCACCUCCGUACCUGAAAAUCCAUAAGACUAAAAUAAAUCCCCCAUAGCUAGCCUGGUAAUUUAGACAUUCACCUGCCUGGAGCUUCAGUUUACUUUCAAUGGCUCAUUCUACCUACAAGUAGAUUCCAUUUUUGAAACACUUCUACUGGUGGAUAACUGGACUGCGUACAGAGAAAUGUUCCCUGACUCUAUGAUCCUGAGAGUUGGAUUCUGUGCAGUGUUUUCUACUUGAAGCUCUCCAUCUGACUCCCCCCACCCCUCAAAUCCCUUGCAGCCAGGAUUUCCACCGCAUUAAAGAAACUAGGUUCUUAGAAACCAAGUUGAGGGAAUUUGACCCUGAAGCCUUGGAUCUGAGAACUUCUGGGACAGUGAAUAAAGACCAAACAUCCUUGUCCAAAGAAA